GCGAAAUCGGCAUUAUCACAGAGCCUAUAAAAGCCGCAGCCGGUCUCGAUUGCAGCUCCAGUCUCAAUUUUGUGCCUGUGCCUGUCGCCAAGUGUCUCUUAUUGCUCCUAUCGUUUUGUAUUAUUCUCAGUUAUCAUAAUGACUGCCGAUCCCAGUGCCCAGCCCAAAUAUACCAAACUUUUUAUCAACAAUGAAUUCGUUGAUGCCGUCUCGGGAAAGACCUUUGCCACUCUCAAUCCGGCCACUGGAAAGGAAAUCAUUAAAGUGUCUGAAGGAGACAAGGCCGAUGUCGAUCUAGCUGUGGAGGCUGCCAAAAAGGCAUUCCAUCGCAAUUCCGCCUGGCGCAAGUUAAGUCCAUUGCAACGUACCAAUCUUAUGAACAAACUCUGCGUGCUAAUGGAGCGUGAUAAGAAAUUUUUGGCCAGUUUGGAAACUCAAGAUAAUGGCAAACCAUUUGCCGAGGCUCUGUUCGAUGUCACCUAUUCCAUUUUGACGCUGCAAUACUAUGCCGGAUGGACUGAUAAGUUCUUUGGCGAUACCAUUCCUGCUGGUGGUUUCAUCUCUAUGACCCGCAAAGAACCAAUAGGAGUUGUGGGACAGAUUAUACCCUGGAAUUAUCCUCUGCUUAUGCUGGCCUGGAAAUGGGGACCUGCAUUGGCCGUCGGGUGCACUAUUGUGAUGAAGCCAGCAGAGCAGACCCCACUGACUGCUCUGCAUAUGGCCGCCUUGGCCAAGGAAGCUGGUUUUCCUGCUGGUGUAAUCAAUGUGAUCAAUGGAUUUGGUCCUACAGCUGGUGCUGCCAUCAGUGAACAUCCCCAGAUAGCCAAAGUGGCAUUCACUGGCUCUGUGGACAUUGGACGCAUUGUUAUGGAGGCGGCUGCCAAAUCGAAUUUGAAACGUGUGUCCUUGGAACUGGGCGGCAAGAGUCCUGUUGUCGUCUUCGAUGAUGCUGACAUUGACUACGCUGUGGAAACCACUCACGAGGCCCUGUUCUCCAAUCAUGGACAGAGCUGUUGUGCCGGCAGUCGCACUUAUGUUCAUGAGAAGAUCUACGACAAGUUUGUGGAGAAGGCAGCAGCCAAGGCCAAGGCCCGUAAAGUGGGAAAUCCGUUUGAGGAGAAUAUUCAGCAGGGACCACAGAUCGAUGAUGAGAUGCUAAACAAAGUUUUGGGCUACAUUGAGAGUGGCAAGCAACAGGGUGCCAAACUGCAGGCAGGUGGCAAGCGUAUUGGCAAUGUGGGUUACUUCAUUGAGCCCACUGUAUUUUCGGAUGUUAAAGAUGACAUGAAGAUUGCCCAGGAGGAGAUCUUUGGUCCUGUCCAAUCCAUUUUCAAGUUCAGCACUCUCGAUGAGAUGAUAGAUCGUGCCAAUAAUGUGCAAUAUGGUCUGGCCGCCGGCAUCAUAACCAAUGACAUCAACAAGGCCAUGAAAUUCGCCAACAGUGUGGACGCUGGUUCCGUUUGGAUCAAUUGCUAUGAUGCCGUUUUGCCCCAGACCCCCUUCGGUGGCUACAAACAUUCGGGCAUUGGUCGCGAAUUGGGCAAAGAUGGUCUCGACAACUAUCUAGAGACGAAAACUAUUACCAUGAAGCUGGUCUAAAAUCAGAUGAAACUCGAGCAACUAUUCAAAAUGGAUGCAUGAACAAAUGUUUUUUAUUUGUAUUUUAAUGCUUCAUCAUCCAUGUGCAUAUUUUUUUUUGGCAAUUUGAAAUAUAGUAGAAAAGAUAUAAGAAGCCUUUUUAAA